AUGGCUUCAUUUGAUGAUGAGGAGCGCCGUGCGAAGUAUGCGGUUGCACCAAAGUCGGCUAAUCAUGGGAAGGUAGUCAAACUCUCACCGAAACAAUUACGAACAAAUCGGGAAGUGCGCACAGUAUUACCUGAGGAGCAGUAUCUAGAAAAGCUAGAGAAAAUAAUUGUCAGGGAUUAUUUUCCAGACCUUCCAAAGCUCAAGGCUCAAACAGAAUAUAUGGAUGCUAUGAAACGCAAUGAUGUUGCAAAAAUGCGUGAAUUACAACUGCGUUAUCAUACCGGUCGUCGGACUGAUAGAAGAACAAGUCCUGCAGCAGGUGUCGCAACAUCACCACGGCGAGCUCCAACCUCACCGGUCAACUUCGAUCCUGAUACCCCAGGCCCAAGCAGACCUCCCGAGUCAGUUGCAGCCACGCCAUUGCCUUAUGCAAAUCGCGAAGGAGAUAACGAAGAGGAUUCAAAGAAACCGAAGUCAGAAUUAGAUGGAAUAUCUGUGGAUGCCUACUUGAACAAGUUUACAUCAGAGGAUAAUGCUUCAUUUGAAGAGUUAGCUGCAGUGGAAUUAGCAAAGGAACGUGCGAAAAAAGGAUGGAUUGACGAGGCAGAGAAAAAGCACAACGCUGAGCAGGUUACCUAUGGCGCACUCCCAGCAUCUGCUGAUCUACAACUUGCCAUAAAAUACGAUCCAGAAGUUGACAAAGAAAAGCCGAAGGAGGUUGACAACUGGACUUAUACUGCUCGGAACUCCGUUCUGUUCCAUUUGGAAGGUGCACCGCUUACGGCAGAAGAGCGAAUUGAACAAGCGCGGAGAAACCAGAGGGUUAUCAAUAAGACAGCCACUCGUUUCCCACAGGAUGUCAAGAUCAAACCGUCCGAGGCAUCGAUGGCACGUGCAAGCAUGAUGCAACUCGCAAACAAUGCUGGAAAAGUGGAUGUACUAGGGCAUGAAAUUGGACUAAAUAGCAAGACUUUAGGUCUUGUUGCUACACCAAGUCCCGCGCCCGGCGUUGAUGAUUCCCCUUUGAUGACAUGGGGAGAAAUUGAUGGAACACCAUUUCGUUUGGACGCAGCUGACGUACAGGUUCCCAUAGGGAACGCGCCCACAUUCAAGAUGCCUGAAAUACCGUUUCGAGAACAAGUUGCUCAAGGAAUCAGUGACACAAUAGCUAAGCGCUACAGAGAUAAGCGAAAGGCUGCAAUGAAAGCCGCUGAAAAAGCUCACAGAACGCCUCGUUUUGGUUCGGCCCGCUCGUCAGCAUUGUCCAUGGCAACAUUGUCACCCGCUGCUCGUCGGUUGGCGUCAAACAAGCUCGGUAUCCGUUUGCCCUCCUCAGCACAACAUUUACGUUCAGUCACUCCUCUGAGGCCGAACAGUUCUCGACUGACUCCGAAAAUCGUUUCGCCAGCUGCCACGCCUUCAAAACGACCAUCUGCAACCCCAGCUAAGGACAAGUCGAUAUCUUCUAUUACUGAUAACCUCAUGCCCAUAUCCUCAGACGAUAGUGGUGGAUCGCAGGAGGGUCGCUGCCGUGCUGGUGAUUUCUUCUGAGUACCACCUAUUUCUACCAGUCGAACGGUAAAAAAUGGGACGACUUGGUUUUUAUUAUCAGGUUGUAACGAACGUUCCUUGGCACUUGCGAAAUUUUUUUCAAACUGCCGUAACUUCAAGCAGACCGAUCCUUUUUGAGAGUUGCAAACUUUGCUGCAAAGGCAGUGUUGCCUACAAGGUACCCUAUUCUGUUGGGUCCUCAUUCAUCUCUGGCCACUAACAUGCGUA